CCGGCAGCCGCAUUGAUCAACGAUCCCAACACUGGUGGUGUCAGCAUGAGGUGGAAGGCUGUUCUACGUUUUGUAAUUUGUGGCGAUAUGAUGCAUGUGCAUGUGCAGCGGGAGCUCCGAGAGCGCCGCCGGACCAGACAGUGACUCGUUCCGAGUCGCUCGUGAAAAAGCUCAUCAAUCUGCACCGAAAACCACACUCUAAUCAAAUUAAUCCCAACCCACCAAACGCAAAAAAUGUCCUCCGUCCAAUCCGUCCCAAUUUCCGCCCAGCCCAUCAAGGGGAAGGUCCUCGUUGUCCUCUCCAGUGAAGACCACAUCACCCUCGCCAACAACAAAGACCAACCCACCGGCUUCUUCCUUCCUGAGCUCGUCAAGCCCGUCAUCAAAUUGCUAGACGCGGGUUACGCACCAGUCUUCGCCAACCCCAAGGGAAACGCACCAUCAGCCGACCCCCUCUCCGAAUCUCUCCCCGUUUUCCUAUUCAACUUCCUCGAGCGCAACCGGGAGCAGGCGUUCGUGGAGAAGCUGAAGAACGAGGCUAGGUUGAGCCAGCCGUUCAAGUUGGCGGACAUCACGGAUGCGGAUCUGGAGACGUUCAAGGGUAUUUUGAUCCCCGGUGGACAUGCACCGAUGCAGGAUCUGCAUGACGACAAGGACCUUGGACGGAUCUUGAAGCACUUCCACGACAGGUCGAAGCCUACUGGUACCCUCUGCCACGGCCCCAUCGCUCUCCUCUCCACCCGCACCGUCGGUCCCUUCCUGUACGCCGGCUACAAAGUCUCAUGCUACAGCGACCGCGAGGAGUCGAUGAACGAGGUCAUGUUCCGCUCCGCCCUCAAGUUCAAGGUGCAAUCCGAACUCGAGAAGGCCGGCGCCAUCGUCGAAGUCAAUCCCAUCCCCAUGGGCACCAAGGUCGUGAUAGAUAAGGAGGUAGUUUCCGCACAAGGGUUCACCUCAGCCCAAGAAUUCGGAGAGAAGCUGGCGGAGGCUGUCGUGAAGUACGAUGCCACGGCCCCGAGGAUAUAGGUGAUAGGCGCUCAUAUAGACACACAGUAAUGCAUAUUUC